GCGGCGUGUGGACCGUUGGGUGCCGUCCAGCGUUCAACAAAUGACUGAGUGAAGGAGCCACGGUGCUCACACUGCCUCCUGAAUCAGCAUCUCUCCUCCUCUCCUCCUCCUCUCACUGGCCACAGAUCCUCCCGCUUCUCUGGCCGCACUGCUCGCUCGUUUCUUUAAUUCGCACCAGAGUCUAUUUGCAUUGUACUUCGUCUUUGGAUACACUAUUGGAUUUUCUGCAGAGCUUGCUGUGUGCUCGCGGCUCCUCGGAGACCAAACUAAAGGAUGGUCAGUCAGCACAAGUGUUGGGAAGCCUUUACAUUUUCGCUGCCAACCUUUUAAUCGCUGUGGGGCGAAAUAAAGCUCGCUGACAGUGGAAUUAGUCCACAGCUUUUCUCUCUGUCUCUCCGUGUCUCUCGUGUCUCUGUCUCCCUCUCCAAUAUGCAGUCACUGUGCGCGGAUGGAGGUGACGUUCUUCAGAAUUGAUGCCAAAUACUAAACAGUGCAAUCUGCGUGUGAGACAUCUGCGGAGCUGGGAGAAGUUUGACUGCGCAUCGUCUUGUGUGGAAUGGGCGAUGGAAUGUGCUACAGCUUUGCAAUGAGACGUCUGUGGGUCUGUGUCUUGCUUGUGAGCAUCACCUGCCGUCUGAGCCUCUCCCAGGAUGUAACUGGAACUCCCAAAGAGGCUGAAAUAAAUGACAACAUUACCAUCUUCACACGCAUCCUGGACGGGCUGCUGGAUGGUUACGACUACAGACUCCGCCCUGGACUGGGAGAGAAGGUGACGGAAAUCAAAACCAACAUCUUCGUCACCAGCUUCGGUCCAGUCUCUGACACUGAGAUGGAGUACACUAUUGACGUGUUCUUCCGUCAAAGCUGGAAAGAUGAGAGACUUUGCUUCAAAGGCCCGAUGGAGAUGCUCCCCCUGAAUAACCUCCUGGCCAGCAACAUCUGGACUCCGGACACCUUCUUCCUCAACGGGAAGAAAUCCAUCGCACACAAUAUGACAACACCCAACAAGCUCCUGCGGCUGAAAGACGACGGCACUCUGCUGUACACCAUGAGACUGACUAUAUCAGCAGAAUGCCCCAUGCAGCUGGAGGACUUCCCCAUGGACGCCCAUGCUUGUCCCCUUAAGUUUGGAAGCUAUGCGUAUCCAGUCUCGGAGGUGGUCUACACGUGGACUAAGGGUGCAGCAAAGUCGGUGGUGGUGGCAGAGGAAGGAUCCCGACUCAACCAGUAUCAUCUGAUUGGUCAGACAGCAGGGACAGAGGACAUCUACACCAGCCGAGGUCAAUACACCGUGAUGAUGGCUCACUUUUACCUAAAGAGGAAGAUCGGCUACUUUGUCAUCCAGACGUACAUGCCUUGCUUCAUGACUGUAAUCCUGUCGCAGGUUUCCUUUUGGCUCAACCGGGAGUCUGUGCCAGCGCGGACCGUCUUUGGUGUGACCACAGUGCUCACUAUGACCACUCUCAGCAUCAGCGCUCGAAACUCGCUGCCUAAAGUGGCUUACGCUACAGCUAUGGACUGGUUCAUCGCAGUGUGCUAUGCCUUUGUCUUCUCCGCCCUCAUUGAGUUUGCCACAGUUAACUACUUCACCAAGAGGAGCUGGGCCUGGGAUGGAAAAAAGGCGAUGGAGGCUCAACAGCCCAAGAAGAAGGACCCUUUGGCUCUGUCUAAAAAGCCAAACAACACCUGCUCGGCUGGUGUGAAUUACACAACCAACCUCACCAAGGACGCAUCCAUCUCUACUAUUUCAAACAGCACGGCUGUUCAGCUCAAACCCUCUGAAUCCAAGGCCCCGGACCCCAAAAAGACUUACAACAGCGUGAGCAAGAUCGACAAGAUGUCCAGAAUAGUGUUCCCGGUGUUGUUUGGGACUUUUAACCUGGUGUACUGGGCCACGUAUCUCAAUAGGGAACCAGUGAUCAAAGGAGCAGUUUAAGCUCUGCGAUCAGGAUCAUUUAUCCUCCUGAUGACCACUUCAGGAUUUCAUCACUGGAACGCAAUCAAAAUCAAUGCCAAGCACUUAGUCCUUGUAUCAUAGAUGUGUUUUUUUAGCUCAUUGGAUCACACUGCAUGUCUGUCGCUUCAGAAAAAUGUUGCCUUGAGUUUGUACAUGUAAAUUACACGAGUUUUCAGUUUAUAUCAUUUUAGACCUCCAGUCAGUGAGUAGUUUCUGCUAGAUUCUGAUACUUUAACAUUUUAGCAUUUGGCAUUUAUAUUUGUUCCAACAGUAGACGAUGGUACAGUGCAGCAAGGCCAAAUGCUAUGCAAAACAUUUUUACAGCGUCAUUACUCUAAAGCGGCUUUUACCUUUGUGACUCUUACUUUGUACAAAUGGGCCGGAGGUCCAGGUACGCGAGGCCGGGCCCAGGCACAUGGAACUUUGCUUCCUUGUUAAAAGCAGAUGAAUAGCCAUGCUAAAUGUGUUGCCUUCAGAGUGUGAUAACUCAUGAUGAAUGCACUGAAAUCUCCCGCAGUUACUUUUUUAGAAGCCAGAUUCACAACCUUCUCUGAAUCAUGUUCUGUUUUGGAUCUUAUUUUUUCUCUCAAUUGACCUGACCUAAGUCCCGCCCCCUUUAGUUACGAUUGCCACUGCAGACGAGCUUGACAAAAAGAAACAUGGAGAUGCUGGUUCUGCUUAGCUGGGAGCCGCAGUCUUUAUUAGAGUUUCUGGGCAUCUGGACAUAUAGCUUCAAGAAGCCAACAGCAAAGACUACAGUAUAUGAUGGAAGGACAUUUUCUCCACGUUAAUGUUUAUGAACAAAACGACGCGAAUCAAGAACUGAGGAAGUAGAGACCGGGGUUAACAAGACUAUGGCUGGGUAUGUGUCUCCUUUUCCUAUUCUGGGGAUCACUGAAGUACUCUCUGUAUUUAUUACUGAAUACACACCAUGGUGCUGACAUAAUGAUAGUCUCUCUUUAGUGUAUAAAGUUAUGUUAGUUACUUUGGGGCAGCAGGUCCUUACAGAGAUAACAUUAGCCUUAAGGUUUUCUGGCUAACGAUAAAUUAUGUCAGCAACCAAUCGAUCUCUCGUUUUCCAAAUCUACAACGUUAUUACAGAAGACAAUGAGGAAGCGAACCUGGCUAACGUUGUUAAUGUGACAUUAGGCUAACACUACACGCAAAACACCUUGAAGCACACCAAUUUUCGUAGAGCGCUGCCUACUUGAGGCCGUUCACACUGGACGCAGCGUGGUGCCAAUCUCCGUGGCCGGGUCACGAUCUGCAGUGAUAGUUUAAGCACCUGGUCUAUUUUUCCCGCAAGCUGCGACCAAAUCUGGUAAGAAAACACACUGGAAAUGUGCUUCAAAUGAUACAACGUGUGCAUUGGAUAUGAUAUAAAUGAAAUGUGAUAAAUGACAGAAUACACAUCCCAUGCCUCCACAUAUUCGUCAGCUGUGUCUUAAAAGAGAGAGACCAGCAGAACCACGACAAUUAAAAAAUUAGGGUGGUUCCACGUCUAGUGUGAUCAUGGCGUAACUCCUCUUGAUGUAGCUAUACAUUAGCUAGUUAGCCCGCAAUUUACUAAAAUCUUUGAUGACAUCACAGCUUUUCUUGGCUUGAGGAAAGUUUUACAAACAUAAAAUCUCUAUGGAUCAAAAUUCACAAUAGAAAAAGUUGGAAUUGACCUUGUUUGCAGUUUGAUGCUUUCUGGGCCACAGGAAAUUUUUUCGAUGUAAUACCGCAAGUGGCCACUGGGACAAAAAUGGCUGCAAGGCUGAGCAGCGUUCCUGGAGGCCUGAUCUAUAUAUCACAGUAAACGGGAAUGUUUACGGAAGUUCUGUCAGGUUCCAAGCCUGCUCAACUGUUGCUGGAGCACAGGACUUAGGGCAGGCUAAUUUUAAAUGACCAGUUUUUCAUGAAUAUAAUUUUCCAACGGGGACAGAAUUCAAGCUAAAGUGAAAGUGGCAGCUUCUGUUUCCAGGUCACCAUGUUGAGAAUCCUGUAUGUACGUACGUAUGGUCGUAGUUUAAAAACAUGUAUAUAUGCCCUGCUUUUAGAAAAGUACCACUAAGCCAGUAAAGUUAGCUUCUAUGUUAUGCAUAUACAGCAGCACAGUGUUACUCUAGUCUAGUGCUUCAUUGACUGGAUCUUGAGAAAUGAGCAGAAUAGCUUGAGCUUUAGCAAUUUUGACAGAAUAUACGAUGCUUUUUUAAAACAUAUUGGUUUUUUUAGAUCAGUUUGUUGUUUCUAUAAGCUUUGAUGAUAACUCGCAAAUAUUCUUGAUAAAUAUUUGGAUGCUUUGAGCAGGAUCACUUUUUUUGAGUAACAGUUAAGAGACUGACUUGAGCUCAUUGGGUUGUCGGGCUGAUCGGAGAGACAGACAGUCACAAUUUUGACCACUGUCAUUUUUAAAUCAUGAUUUGUUAUUUUUAGGACGUCAGGCAAAAACAUGAGAUUGAAUAUUAAUACAAAGUUUUCAUCAAGUUCAUUGAGCUAAAUCUUAAAGGGAAAGUUUGACAUUUUGGGAAAUCUGCUUUCUUACAGAGAGUCAGAUGAAAGGAUUCAUAUCACUCUCAUGUCUGUACAGUAAAUGUGACGCUAACACCAGCAACAGGUUAGCAUAGUAUAGCUUGAAGACAGCUAAUUCUAUUAAAGGAAUACUUUUUGGGGAAAUAUACUUAUUUGCGUCUUUGAUGAGUCUGUACACCAAAUAUGAAGCUACAGCCAGAUGGUAUUAGUUUAGCUUAGCAUAAAGGUGGAAACAGGAUAAUGGCUGACUUGGCUUUGUUCAAAGACUAGAAAUCACCUUACCAGCUCCUUAAAAACUCACUCGUAAGCGUGUUGCAUCUUAUUUGUUGAAUGCAUACAAAGCCAGUGAUGAGACUCAAGCAAGUUGUUGUACCAGCUGUGUGUUAAAACAUAGCAUUAAUUCACAAUGUAGAGAAUGAGAAGUAUGUUCCUUAUUAAGUGUUGUCGUGGGAAAGAGAAACAAGAGAACAGCCAGAUGGAAAUGUGUUUGGUAUUUCUAUCAGGAGUAACAGUAUAAUUUACUUUCUUUCUUUCUUUCUUUCUUUCUUUUUUUUGCUUUUCUCCUUCAUUUUACCAAAAUGGUGCACAUGAAAUAUCAGUCUCUCUAAUAACAUUUUAAUAAUAAAGUAGAGGUGGUGCAACUUCAGAAAGUUACAACUACUUACAACUUUGUGUCAACUUUACACUUGAAAUUAGAUUUAAAAAGCUUGUUUUAACAUUUCGGUUUUACACCUCCAAAACACUUGGCGGUGCUGGGGUUUCUGUGAAGUGCA